AAAAUCAACCGUUUGAAUAUUAUAUCUCAAGAAACUCAUAAUGGCUUAGAUAUUGCCAACUAUAGUAAAAAUAUGACCCUUGAUAUAGAGGCUAGUAAAGAUAUUAACUUUGAGAAUGAUGCUGUUAUUGUUGAUGGUGAAAAUAUGAACUUUGAUAUUAAUAAUGAUAAAAAUAUUGGUUUCGCUUUUGAUGAUAGUGACAAUAUAAAUUAUGCUCCUGAUAAUGAAAAUACAAGCAUUGUUAAUAGUGAUAGUAUAAAUCCUACUAUAGAUUCAAGUAAUAAGGAUACUUCUGUUAACCAUAGUAAGAGUACUUCAAAAUGGAAUAGACAACACAUAUCUAUUGUGUGGGAGUUUUUUUCAGAAGAAAAAAAUAAAGAUAAAGAAGUAGUUGUAAUAGUUUGCAAUAUUUGCAAGAAAAAAUAG